UCACUUUCUCCCGCAAUACAUACGAUACCGCACGACCCGACAAAAAUGCCGCGAUACAGGGAGUGGGACUUGGCCUGCAAGGUGUAUGUAGGCAACCUGGGCUCCUCGGCCUCUAAACACGAGAUCGAAGGCGCUUUUGCAAAAUAUGGACCCUUGCGGAACGUGUGGGUCGCCCGCAAUCCACCUGGUUUCGCCUUCGUGGAGUUUGAGGAUCGCCGAGACGCGGAGGACGCAACGCGCGCCCUGGACGGAACCCGCUGCUGCGGUACCCGGAUUCGCGUAGAGAUGUCUUCGGGUCGCUCGCGCGAUCGCCGACGCGGAGAAGGUGGCAGUAGUGGACGCUCUGGUUCCGGUCGCUACAGGAUAACUCCUCGGCUAGAACUACUUCCACUGCUACUUCUUCCUUCUACAACAUCAACAAUCUACAACAGCAACCAUCUUCACAGCCACAGCCAGCAACCUUCAACUUGCAACUCUAAAUUAACCAUGUUCAGCGUCACAGCCUCACAGAAGUUUUGAUUAGCAACCCAAAUGAUUUCAUCCUAGAAGAAGCAAUGCAGUCGCCCAAAGAGUUCUACUUAUGAAGUUAUCCUGCGUAUCCUUCAAAUAAUUGCUUACAAUUAUUUCUUUAAUUUAGUUGCCUAUAAUACGAGGGUUCGCUGAUAAAUAUGAAGGUCCGCUUUCUCAAGUACUUGACUCUUGAAGUCGAGAAAACUGGCCUUAAACGCGUUUAACGCUGAUUAUCACAGCUACUAUAGAUUUGUCCGACCAUUUUUUCAUUGCAAAUUUAUCCGACACCAAUGUAGAAUGCUUUAAACCCUAAAUGUAGGGUAGCGGUUGGUUCAAAAAGCAAGAGCAGCAGCAGCAAUAAAACUUAACUUAAUUGGUCCCCAGCUUAAUUCAUAGAAACAAAACAGUUUGCACAGCUUUCAUUUGUGUUUCCCCUGGUAAUGUUUAAAUAAUGAUUCCGCAGUAUUUAACACACCUAUUUUGCAGCACUUUGUAAGGCGCGUAUGUACAUACACUUCUUCCCAUUCUAAGCUGAUUUUAUUUCAUAUAUUUGUACUUUAAAGUAACCUUUUCUUCUUUACCAAUGCU